UUUUUACUCGAACUAAUCCCGAUAAAGAAGACGACAACCGCCAUUCGUUGAACGCGCACAUCGGUCUUGUUGUGGGGGACCUUGCAUACCGCUAUUCACCAGAUGAAUCUCGGAAUUUCAAGUUCAUGGUAUUGAAGUCGGCGGUUUUAGAAAAUAAUAAGCCGACUUGCAGGACCAAACUAGCACGCGAAGCAAACCGCUAUGGUGCCCCCGCUUUCCGUCGGGAAGAUCUACUGGCUCUGGCCGCUGAAAAAGGCCAGGAACUCGGCGAGGACCUCGAGGGUUUCCUUGGUGGAUCCCAAACUGAGGGAGCAAAAAGUAGCCCGAAAACGAUCUGUUUUGCUGACAGUACUGGCGGGGUGCCCUUGUUAGACUUCGACACUUCUCCUCAAAGUUCUGGCCUUGGCCUGAAACACGCGGAAGUAUUCAAGCAGCUGUUGUUGCAAGGGGAUGAAAAUGUGCGUAUCCUUGUGCAGCGAUCUUCCUUUGGAGAUCCGAGAGGAAGGGAGGACUGGAAAUCUAACCUCAUCACAGAAGGUAAAUUGGAGGAGGACAUGGUGCACAACAAAAUACAUGCAAUUGUUAAGGCUACUGCUGGAGCAUCCUCAGCACCAUCCCUGGCCCUAAAUUUUCUAUUACUAUUCCAGAAAGAAGCCAGGGUUGCUGUCAGGGAUGCGAACGCGGUAGCUCUAAAAUUGGCUCCGCAGAGUACGCUUUCUUGUUUCCUCGUUGCAGCUUUGUGGCGCACGGGUUCGGAGCCAUGAGCUCUUUCUGGGCAGCCCACGCAGGAGUUCCCGAGGGAUGGUGGGUGCCGCAGCAGCCGCAACCGGAUAAGCGAAUAUGGUUUGCAAGGCAUCGCGAAAUGGUCGCUCAGAUGCGGAGAGCUAAAAAGCAAGGAACUGCUGGAGGCGCCUCGGCCGGAGAUGAACCUCCACCUGCACCAGGUGGCUCUUCUCCGGUCGUCGUGGAAGACGAAGAACACGACCUGCAGCCAUUAGAGAUCAACUUCAGUUCAAACGAAACGCCAGACGAGGAGACUAUCGCAAAGAGAAUUUUGAAGCAAAUGAGCGACUCUACUGCGCAGGACAUCGCGAGAGAGAUCAAGACGGCCGUGGACCACGAAAACUUCGAGGGCGGCGACGAUAAGAAGGCUCCUCUCGGUCCCCAAGCGGUUGCCAAAGAGUUGCUACAAAAGGCGUUGGAGGUGGAUGUCCAAUCGUCCUUACGACACUAGACACUUGAUGUUGUGGUAGGGGAACGAUCCCCUAGACACUUCCACUUGAUGCAGUUGUGUUAGGGGAUCGAGUGGAUGGCUGCUUGUGCGUGGAAAGAAGCGAAUGAGAAAGAGAUUUGGAGGAAAAUAUAGGAAGAGAUUGGAGAAUAGAGGCUUCUGAUUGUGCGGGCAAACGAAAUUGCAUUAUACCCGAAUAUAGUCACGUAUGGUAUUUGAUCUGAAAAAGAAUGAAGUCGAUGAAAGACCUAGUAAAAGUAGACAGCUGAAGAUGGUGGAUUGAAGAUAUUAAAUAAGUAGCACAUUUAUGAAUAGCAAUAAGAAUAAGAAAGAGCGAGCGCGAGGGGCGCGGAUCAAUACUAGACUUAUCGCAUUUUCCUUUGGUUUUCAAGUACUGCGCCGCGAAGUAUCUUAAGACUUACAUCGCGGCACGUCUUUCGGUCGGAGUGCCCGCGGGGUGUGUGGUGUUUGAUCCCUCACAUCUGGGUCCGCCCUGGUGCAUAAAUUUGGGCCCGGCGCAUUCUCCUCGUCCGCAGUCUUGUCUUCCAGUUCAUCCAAAGGCUCAAACUAAAUAAAAGCGUGGCGCUUCAACGACUCGCGCAGGCUACCCGACUACAGUCACGCGUUUGAUCUGAAAAGAAACGAAGCCGAUGAAAGACCUAGUAAAAGUAGACAACUGAUGGCGGAUUGGAGAUAUUAUAAGUAGCACAUUUAAGAAUAGCAAUAAGAAUAAGAAAGAGCGAGCGCGAGGGGCGCGGAUCAAUACUAGACUUAUCGCAUUUUCCUUUGGUUUUCAAGUACUGCGCCGCGAAGUAUCUUAAGACUUACAUCGCGGCACGUCUUUCGAUCGGAGUGCCCGCGGGGUGUGUGGUGUUUGAUCCCUCACAUCUGGGUCCGCCCUGGUGCAUAAAUUUGGGCCCGGCGCAUUCUCCUCGUCCGCAGUCUUGUCUUCCAGUCCAUCCAAAUGCUCAAACUAAAUAUAAGCGUGGCGGCUCAACGACUCGCGCAGGUUAAUAUUAGAUAUAAACUCACUAGAUGAUGACGAAGCGAAGAAAAAACUAUGAUCAGAUCAAACAUUUCCAGCGAAUCUUGUGGGAAAAAA